CGAAUAGAAUGAUUUUGAUAGAGAUGAGGAUCUUUAAAUCAUUUAAAAUGGCGCGUUUAAAAGAUGCGCAAAAAGAUAGGCAAUUGGAAGUAUUGCGCAUAAACGCCAUUUUGAAAGUAUUGCGUAUGGUGCGCCACCAAGAUGGUUCAGUCAAAGAGGGGCAGUAGUUCAGUCAAUGGUGUUAGCUGGUGUUAGCGUUUCUCGCUAAACUUUUUAACUUGGCGGUUAAUCGUACAUAUCUUUUCGAAUUGCAAAAUUCAACCGAGUAUCUCGGAAUUUGGCAAAAGUAAUUAAUAUCAGGUUCUGUAUAUUGCGUACAAAUAGAAGAAAGUACACUGCAGCAUACGUUUUUCGUGUAAAUUAAGAGUUGAAUCAGGUUUCUCGCCACCGUGAAAUGACAUAGUUAUUUACGAGCUGUUGUGUUGGUGAAAUGUUGUCUCAACUUCCUGUACAUGGCGAAGACUCGUGAGCGUCGUCGUCGUGUUGAAUAGUCAUCAAACGCCAGUGUUCGCGACGGUGUUUUAUCCCUUUUUAAGAACGUUCGAACUUAUUGACCUGUUUCUCGCAACCUAGAUCAACGAGAUCGUGCCAGUUGCGCCUAAAAAUGAUGAAGAUGGAAACGGAUAAUAUUAUCGACGACACAGACACGAAUCCUCAGUGCCCGAUAACAAUACUCUAUGAUCCCACUCGCAAGAAAGAAUUGCCAACAGUAGUAUCUGAUCACCAUGAACAAGAGAGGGAAAUUUGUAUGAAAUGGUUUGAGAGAUGGAGCGAACCAGAACAAGUCAACUUUGUUGAACAAUUAUUAGCACGAAUGUGUCAUUAUCAGCACGGGCAUGUCAAUGCUUAUUUGAAACCAAUGUUGCAAAGAGAUUUCAUUUCUCUAUUACCAAAAAAAGGAUUGGAUCACGUGGCAGAAAGUAUUCUUUCAUAUCUCGAUGCUGAUUCAGUAAUUGCAGCAGAAUUAGUAUGUAAAGAAUGGCACAGAGUAAUUAGCGAAGGUAUGCUUUGGAAGAAAUUAAUCGAGCGCAAAAUUCGGACAGAUUCGAUUUGGAGAGGUCUCGCCGAAAGGAGAGGAUGGAUUCAGUAUUUAUUCAAACCGAGACCAGGAGAAAGUCAUCCAAAUCACAAUUUCUAUAGAUCUCUUUAUCCCAAAAUAGUUAAAGAUAUUGAUAGUAUAGAUAAUAAUUGGAGAAUGGGAAGAUUUAAUCUUCAAAGAAUAAACUGUAGAAGUGAAAAUUCCAAAGGUGUUUACUGUUUGCAAUACGAUGACCAAAAGAUAGUCUCUGGUCUUAGAGACAAUACAAUUAAAAUUUGGGACAGAAAUACGCUACAAUGUAUUAAGGUCUUAACAGGGCAUACUGGGUCUGUUCUGUGUUUACAAUACGAUGACAAAGCAAUAAUAUCUGGUUCCUCUGAUAGCACUGUAAGAGUUUGGGAUGCUAACACUGGUGAAAUGGUUAACACAUUGAUACACCACUGUGAAGCAGUUUUACAUCUCAGAUUUAAUAAUGGCAUGAUGGUCACUUGCUCGAAGGAUCGUUCAAUAGCCGUAUGGGACAUGACAUCGCAAACGGAAAUUGCAUUAAGAAGGGUACUCGUUGGACAUAGGGCAGCAGUGAAUGUUGUUGAUUUUGAUGAAAAAUAUAUCGUUUCUGCUAGUGGUGAUAGGACUAUUAAAGUAUGGAAUACAUCUACUUGCGAAUUUGUGCGAACAUUAAACGGACAUAAACGGGGUAUAGCGUGUUUACAAUAUAGAGACUGCCUAGUAGUUAGUGGUAGCAGUGAUAACACAAUCAGAUUAUGGGACAUUGAAUGUGGUGCGUGCUUACGUGUUUUGGAAGGACACGAAGAGUUGGUCAGAUGUAUUAGAUUUGAUAGUAAACAUAUAGUUAGCGGAGCUUAUGACGGAAAAAUAAAAGUAUGGGACUUGGUAGCAGCUUUAGAUCCACGUGCUUUAGCUAACUCACUCUGUUUACGUACAUUAGUGGAACAUACGGGACGUGUAUUUCGCCUUCAGUUUGACGAGUUCCAGAUAGUAUCGUCGUCACAUGAUGAUACAAUAUUAAUUUGGGAUUUUCUCAACUUCAAUCCAUCGAAUGGAAGCGUAUCGCAUGGACCGGCAACAAUGAAUGCAUCAGGUGCGAAUCAAUCAGUUACCAGAUCUCCGUCUCCAUUCGAGUGACGCAUUUAUAAGAAGAGAUUCCUUCAUUGUGAUAUAAUUACAAGUGGUUAGUGAGUGAGUUUAAAUGUGUUCACAAUAGUGUACACAAAGAAUGAAGAAUCAGUGUCCAGUGUGAGCUGCGCCUAGACAGAUACAGAAUCUCAAAAGACAUGGUCAUUGACUUUUGUUUAUUAUUUGCUGUGAAAAGCAAAAGUAAUUCUCUAAAAUAGGAUAUAUGGAGUGACACAUAAAACUAUAAAUUAAUUUAUAUGCGCUUGACGCACUGCGUUUAAUAACGAACAGUAUAUUAAAACCAUGUAAAUACAUCCCAUGGAUGUAAAUAAUUGUCUGCUUUGGCCAUAUCUGGAAUUCUUCUACGCUCUAUGACAUGAUAGAAGUUGACCACUUUCCUACUAUAAACAGAAAGACUUACAAUACGUGAAGAAAAUAAAAACAUUUUUAGGGAGGCUGGAUACACUUAAUAAGAUGUUAGCUGUAUUAUAGUAAAUUAAUAACUUGUUUCUGUAAUUAAUUUAUGGUAAGAUGAUUGUAAAAUGUCGUUUGAUUGAAGUACAUAUUCUGCGUGAAUGUGAAUGAUAAAAUGUCGAUAUCGAUAUGUGCGAGGAUCAUGUUUCAUUAUCUUCGAAAUCUAGCUAAUGUGAAUCGAUAUACCCAUGUUUAACAUUAUAGAUGUACAGCCGUUAAUCGAAUAUAUAGCAAUUUCCAUAGACAUUAAAUUUGCGAGAUUCAUAUUAUAUACUGAAAAAUACAUGAAAAGCUAACUACCUGUACACAGUCAUUGGUACAAUACCAUUUGCAUUUAAAAUAUAAAUUUUCAUUAUA